AUGGGGGCCAUCCGCAAUUUCUAUGAGAUAAGCACAAGCAGGCCACUGCUAGACCAGCAAGAGGAGGGGCGCACCGUGCUCGUUGAGGCCGUGAUUUACGUUGAUGACACAUCCCCUGCCAUUCACAUCCCCCUGUUAGGGGGGCUGGACUGGACACAAGCCAACGGCACCAUACGCGGGCCGUACGAGCAGCCCACACUCUCGCAGGUCUUCCCGCACUUCAAUCCCUACAAAAAGGAAAGGAAGCCGGGGCCACACCCCAAGCUCAACAUCUAUAUGCCUGACAUGCAGAGCUUUGUCCCGUCGACUUUGAUCCACAAUACUUUCCCCAUCCACUUCUCACCGCGGCCGCUCAGAUCCCUCCCCAUCCUCAAGGUCCGUGGUGUCCAGGUGACCAAGGACCUAUUUGACUAUGCCAACGGGAAGGUGGACAUGGAGGCGAUGUGUUUGAUGAAGCACUCCUUCAUCGAGUUCAACUGA